CCUCGUCUGGUCUCUGCUGGGCCUUGGUAAUUUUGUUGUUGUUGUCACUUUUUCUUCUGUCAGAUAAUCAAGAGAGUCAUCUCAGAAACCUCCAGUGGGGGCGUCACUGGAAAUGAUGUCAUCAUGCAUUUCUUCCUCUCAACCUUACCCUUUGGUGGUGUUGGGAACAGCGGGAUGGGUGCCUACCACGGCAAGCACAGCUUUGAGACCUUCUCCCACCGCCGCGCCUGCUUGAUCAAGGACCUGAAGAUGGAGGGUAUGAACAAACUGCGGUACCCACCUGGCAGCCAGAAGAAGCUGGAUUGGGCCAAGUUUUUCAUUUUGAAGCCGUUUAACAAGGUCCGAAUUGGACUGUCGUUGAAGUGAUUGCUGUGAAUUUCAUGUUUGCGGCUCAUUAGAUAUGAAAGAUAACACAUGAAGGAGAUGAACGCUGAUUGCAGCUUUGCAGUCAGCAGGGCUAUUAAUAAGGCCCCUUUCUCCCACAUCUUUUCAGACAAAGUUUUUGCUAGUUUGAAAUGGAAUUGAUAUUUGUCAGAAGUGCCUGACAUCUUUCCUGUAUUAUACUGGAAGACGUGAAUCUUGAUCGGGGUGUUUAACUGUUGAUGUAACAGCUAAGCAGAAGGGGUGGAUUUGUCAUUUAACCAACUAAUGAUUUUCAUACUAUUUUCUAUAUAAAAAUAAAGAGAACAAGUGGCUAAAUGGAGAGUGAA